ACGACAGCAAUAGGCGGGGCUGAAACGGCCCAGGGGGCGGGCGUUUGAAAUCAGUGCUUUGGAGUAGACUCCAAACAUCGUUUUAUACCUUCAAGAACCAAUUACUUAAUAUCUCUUCCGUCUUUUCCUUCCCCGACCCCCUCCCAGACUCCUUCAUUCCGGUACUGCGCGGACGGAAAGCCCCGGGUAGCCGACAGCACGGCCCCGGCUAGCGAGAGAGCGUAGAAAAGGAUUACACCAAACUGUUUAAAUCCAACGGCUCCUGCUUCCUUUCUUCUGAGCUAGUCCCAACAAACCUAGAGAGUUGGGCUACGGAAAGACUAGUAUUUUCAUUUAAUUGGAUAUGAAGAAAGAACAAAUAUGUACGGGGGCAACCACGAUCUUUAUAAAGAACAUAAGUUCCAGGAAAGCAGGAACCUUGUCUCUCUUGUUCACUGGUGUAUCCUCUGCAUAUAGAGCAGUGCCUGGCACAUAAUAGGUGCUGAGCUUUGUUUUCGACACUGUCCUGAAGACACUACAUUCAGAAUACCCACCCAGGACUGGGUGAUUCACUAGACCUCAAAGGACACAGCCAGGUGUCAACUGAGGAAAAUCAUCUAGUUGCAGGCUCAGGCACCAUCAAUCCUGGGCUCCCCACAGUGGACUCCCCUGAAGAAUCCCCAAGCAGAAGAAAUAUCUCAUUUGCAUAAAAGUCCACCGGAGGUUCCUGCUGACUCAAAGAUAUUCAAACCCACUUUUGAAAAAGUAGCAUUUUUUAGUAUCCUCUCCUAUACAGAACAAACCUAGACAUUUGGGAGUUUGUUGUUUAUUAAUGGAAAGUAUGAAGUCUAAGGCCAAAUGUACCCAGAACCCAAGUUGUAAAAUAAUGGUAUUUCAUCCAACCAAAGAAGAGUUUAACGAUUUUGAUAAAUACAUUGCUUACAUAGAAUCCCAAGGUGCACACCGAGCAGGCGUGGCUAAGAUAAUUCCACCAAAAGGAUGGAAAGCCAGGCAGACCUACAAUGAUAUCAAUGACAUCUUAAUAGCCACUCCCCUCCAACAGGUGGCCUCUGGCAAGGCAGGUGUGUUUACUCAAUACCACAGAAAGAAGAAAGCCAUGACCGUGAGCGAGUAUCGCCACUUGGCAAGCAGUGACAAAUACCGGACUCCACCACACUUGAGUUUCGAGGAACUGGAGCGCAAAUAUUUCGUGGUGACGUUCCCCUACGGCUACCACUCUGGCUUCAACCAUGGCUUCAACUGUGCGGAAGCCAUCAAUUUCGCCACCCCGCGCUGGAUCGACUAUGGCAAAGUGGCCUCGCAGUGCAGCUGCGGGGAGGCGCGGGUGUCCUUCUCCAUGGACGCGUUCGUGCACAUCCUGCAGCCCGAGAGCUAUGAGCUGUGGAAACGCGGGCAGGACCGGGCAUUGGUGGACCACACGGGGCCCACGGCGCCUGGCGGCCAGGGGCUGAGCGCCUGGAGGGACGUCCGGCUGCCCGGGGAGGCUGCGAUGGGGCUGAAGCAGCGCCAGCGCCCCCGCGCCCCACCGAGAUUUGUGGCCCUCGGUGAUGGGACCUGCCGGAGUGCCCCUGUGUGUCCGGAGUCUCCGAGCCCCUCGCUGGCCUGGGGUUCUUCUGUCGCCCACCUCAGGCCUCCAUCCACCAGCAACUCCACGGAGCCUGGCCUGUCCCUGCUGCCUACCCCAGGUCCAUCCAUGCCUGAUCUCCAACCAACAGGCAGAUGUGGUCCUACUCGGCGUCCACGGAAACAGGGGAUUCGUGAGCCGACUGUCGGAGCCCGGGCUAAGAGGCGCCUUUUGGACCUCGAGGCUCAGUGCCUCCUUGCCAGUGCGCCCUUGAUACGCAAGACUUCACCGCAGAACUCUAGUCACCAGCAUCUUGCCAAAGCUUCUGGAAACCAGGUCCCAGAUGCCAAGACCAGAAUCUCCCACAUCCCUGGCUGUGAUUCCCCGGAGCUAAAACUAGAGGUAGCUGCAUCUCUUGAGUCCUGGAAUGGGUUCUCCACCAAUGGAUGCUCUUCAAUCUAUGAGCCCAUGACGACUGAAGAAUUUGCCAAAUAUGUCUUUAUCUGA